GGGAAACGGCCGACCCUUUUGUCUCACUCCGCAAAGUAGGCAAAGAUAAGACUAUAUUAAUGCUCUGUUUGGCGGUAUUCCUGUCAUAUCUGCCCGAAGCGGGUCAGUACUCCUGUUUCUUCGUUUACCUGAGACUUGUUAUGAAUUUCUCGGCCGAAGACGUGGCGUUGUUUAUCGCUGUUGUGGGCCUGUUAUCAGUUGUGGCUCAGACGGCAAUGCUAUCAAUGCUGAUGAAGACAUUUGGGAGCAAAAACACGAUAAUGUUUGGUCUUUUGCUUGAAAUGCUUCAACUAAUGUGGUAUGGGUUCGGCUCUCAGACGUGGAUGAUGUGGACGGCAGGCAUUGUGGCCGCACUCGCGUCCAUCAGUACGGAUAUUAACAUUUUGUUGUCGAUUACUUAUCCGAGUAUAAGUGCAUAUUCAUCGAUGGGCGCCGACGCCGACAAACAGGGUUUAGUUCAGGGACUCAUCACU